AUGAAAAAAUUGCUGAAGACAAAUAAAGAUUUUGGCAAUCAAUAUCUAGACUUCACAUAAUUGUUUGAAAAGAAACUUAAAUCGCCCACAAUAAAUACGGAUUGCAAGAAGGAGCUAAUUGAUUAAUAUAGACAACGCAAUUUCAAACACGAACCCUAACCGUUCUUUGAAUCAUCGGAAAUUCUUGUUUAUGGAUCUUUUGAGAAUUCGAACAUCAUGGCUGUACAAUAAGAGGGCACUGAAUUGAAUAUCUUACUGAAUGGGGACACUAAUACUAAUGGAUGUACCUAAUGGUUUUAUUUUGGUAUUUUGGUCAAAUAGCCUUAACAAUUGACUUUUCGCAUUCUCAACAAUCGAAGAGGGAAAUCUCUACUAAAAGAAUACAACCACAUUCGAGUAUAUGAUAACAACAAAUGGAAUAGUGAGACUACUAAAGAAUUAUAUUAUUACAGAACAAAUAUUAAUCAUCCCUUCUAUCAUUCUUAAGAUUCUUCUAUUGCAAACUUGCAGUAGAAUUUUCCACUGUAUACUUUACAAUUUAAUUAUAAUUUCACCCAAAAUAAAAGCAUUGUGUACUUUGCUUUGACUUUGCCUUACACAGUCAGCAAUCUACAUCAACUAGUCUACCAUUCAACUCUAAAACACAAAGUGUUAUGCAGUACUCCCUUGGGAUUGCCAAUAUUUAAACUCAAAACCAAAAAUAAAAGUAAAGUAUAUUUUUAUAUUGAAAUAAUUAGCUUCUGAAGUUGUGAUCAUUUUGGCACGUCAACACCCAAGUGAGUCAGUAGGUUCACACAUCUGCGAAGAGAUAAUUAAAUUAUUAGAUUCUGGUCACUAAGUUUAGAAUAAAUAUAGAUUCAUAAUAUUCCCUAUGCUAAAUCCAGAUGGUGUAUUUCUGGGCAAUUCUAGAUGCAAUUUCAAUGGAAUAGAUUUAAAUAGGUAAAAAAAAGCUGUAUUAUUUUAAUCCUUAGAAAGUGGGAUAUGCCCAAUUAAACUACUGAACCAGAAAUUUAUAGUGUAGUUAAACAUAUCAAAAAGUACAAAGUGGCUUUUCUUAUUGAUUUGCAUGGACAUUCUAAAAAACUGAAUUAGUUUUUAUAUGGUUGUGCUACUCCAAUCAAGCAUAUUUCAGAUUAUAUGAGGGUGAAGUAAUUCAGCAGAUUAUUACAACAAGGAUGCGAUCUCUUUAAUUAUUUGGUAGACAAAAUAAAUGAUAUUUUAGAAUUGUACAUUCAGUGUGACACCAGAUAGAAUGAGUACUGCUAGAGUAGCUAUGUGGAAGAAGUUUUAAAUUGCCAAUUCAAUGACUAUAGAAACAUCUUUGUAUGGAGCAUUAAAAAAACCUUUCGAAAAAGAAGAGUUUUAACUAUUGGGUUAAAAUAUUCUAAAUGCUCUCUUUCAAUAUGAUGACAAUUAAUCUGAUCCUCAUCUAUAUGAAGCAUAAGAAAUCAAUCAAGCAAUCAAGUUAAUCAAAAAAGAUGGAUUUGAUGAUAAAGAGUCUGGAUCUGAUUCUGAUGCUGAACAGGACAUUAUUGUAACCAGAAAUUCAAGGUUAAAAGUCACUUCCAGAAGAGAUUCUACUCCUUUGAUGGCUAAAAGUAAACCUAAACAGUAAUCAGAAACACCCAUUCAAUAGCCUACUCUCUUCUUCAAGAAUGAGCAAACUUAUAGUUUCAAGAGGAUACCUUCUUAUUAGUUGAAAAGAAAAGUGUAAAAUUUCUAAUUAAACUUAGUUCUCGAAUGAAUUCUUUUCAGAGUUAAAUCAUUGAUGAACCAUUAAGUGCCUAAUUACCUACCAUAUAUAAUGUUCCUAGUAAGUAAUAUAAGGGCACCCUUGAUCUGAUAUAAGCAAUACAAGUGAAAUCACUUUCUAGAUAAUAGUGA